AUACAAAAAAGUUUCUUACAAAUACGUUCUGUUCUGCACAGCACCGAUUGGCAUAUUUUUUAAUCUGUACAGUUACACAAUACGUGUUCUCUUUUCAAAUAAACCAGAAUCAUCACCUUUUCUUGUUUUCUAUAAAACAACAGUGACAGUGACAAGAGAAACUUUCAGUUCUGAUCUGAAGCCGUGAUCAUAGACAGCACUACUAGCACUUUUCUGCAACACUCAAAGAUGGCAACUUGCUGUGGCCUAAGGUCCGAUAAUAAGCCAAUAACAGCUGCCACUAUUAAGCAGAACCACGCAUGGAGUGGCAAGAACAUGGAAGGACAUAAUGGUUUGGAUACUCUAGAGUGCCUCAGAGGGAGAUUACUAGCAGAGAGACAUGCUUCAAGGGUGGCAAAAGAAGAAGCAGAAUCAUUGGGCAACAAGUUUGUUGAGCUGGAAAAGAAGCUUAAAGAAGAGAUAAAACUAAGAGACAAAGCAGAAAGAAAGCUUAAGCUUUUGAAGAAGAAGCUUGAGUGUUUCAAUAAUGUGACCACCCCAUCAUGGCAAAAAUCUCCUUCGUCUGAGAUAUGUGAAGAUUCUUGCGGAUCAUCCUUAUGUAGUGCUGUUUCUAGAGAUUCAGAAGCAAAUGAAACGAAGCUAGUUCAUACAGUGAAUCCAGCUUUGUUAGAAAAUGAAGUCCACAACCACUAUGUAGCAGAAGAAUGUGUACUCGUUCAGACCCAUAAUAGUCCAUUGACUACCAAAGAUUGUAAUUCAGACCAAAGUAACUUCCUCCCUCAAAUUCUGGGCAAUAAUCCAAAUCAAAGCUCAGAUAAUUUGAAGAAUGAUGGAAACAGGUGUCCAAGAUGAAAUUGGAAUCAUUGCAUUUGACGAAAAAUUUGGAUCUUAUAAUUGAAUAUUUAUUGGCUGAUUUUGUUUGGCUCUAUGUCAGGCUUUCACUUUCAAGCUCAAAAUCAUUGCCAAAAGGUUAUAAUUCAUUGUAGCUCAAAUCCAAGCCCAACUAAAGCUUUCCCUGAAAAUAUUUGCCAUAACUCAAAUCCAAUUUAAUAAUAGCAGGUAUUACAUUCGAACAUGCAUUGCGGAGACAUUAUGCUGAGUAGUUUUUAUCCUUCAAUUUAAUUUCUUUGUGAUGGCAACCAAUUUUGAACUUGGGGAUCUGUUUCAGGCUUUAAACUCAAAAUCACCAUAACUUACUGUCCCUACUUGCUGUGACUUUUCCAGUAACAUAACUGGCCACUUGUAAUAAAAACCAUUUAAUGGAAGAGUACUUGAAGCUCUA